UUCUAUUGCUGCUGGAGAAAAGUUCUCUUUGCAAAAAUCUGGAGGAACAAAGAACAGUACUUACUCUGCAGUGCACCUCGCUGAAGAAUCUAGUAGCUGUCACGAAGGACCUGUUGACUUUGAGAAACACUGAAGUCGAGCAACUCUAUAAAAAUAUAAAAAUUAUGGAGGAAAGAAUUAAUUUGGAAAACAUGAAACAACAAAACAUUCUUAAUACUUUGUCUGAGUCUGCAAGGUUGAAUGAAGACAUUAAAGCACAAUACCAUUGUCAAAUAGAGAUGUUCAACGACCUGCGAGCUCGGUACGAGGAGAAGGUGGCGCUCCUGGUGGCCGAGAACACGCAACUGUCAGGGUUGUUGGUGGAGCAGAACACUAACAUGGUAGGAGAUGGAAGGGAGGGGAGACAUUGUGACAGUCCUGAAGAAACAAGAGAAAGUAAGCAGUUAUCUGAUGUAUUCUGCCACGGUGAACCAGAUGAGAUAUCUACUGAUUCCAGCAAGACACAUAAGUGA